UGGUCUCUCCUAUGCCUGACAAUGUUCUGCGUUGUCUUUCAGAGAGUUGGGUUUUUUUUCUUGCUUUUCUGGUGCAUAUCACAGAUUUCCUACUUUCUUCGAAUAAUACGUCAUGCAUACUUGAUGCUGUUGCUGACUGACAGGUACCGGGACUUCAGGGAAUGAAGUCUACAUAAUAUACUGACCAAGCAGUUCAUAGAAAAUUUACAUUCAGCUAAAUUGCUCAUUAAUGUUGAUUUUGAUUCAUUUUAUACACUUCUUUAUUACAACUUAAUCUGACAAAUUUUUGUUAUUGUUAAUGUUUAUUUUUAAACUAAAACGGCAUGGAUUUUAGACCUAAAGCACAUCCAGCUAAUCAGGGUUACCCCUAGAGAUUUUGCAUAUCAUGAAAGCGCAUCAUAUUGGGCUCUCAACCAAAGCCAAUAUAAUUAUGCACAAUGUUUUAGGAAUCGUUCUAACCCCCCGUUACGGCGCUCCUGCAGCUAACAUAAAAAUUACACCCCAGUGGGUGGUUGGAGGGAGGGGGCCAUUUGAAUCCUACUGGGAGGAGGAUCAUAAAGUUCGUCAACAAACUGAGAAAACGUCAUUUAUAUAAUAAUUAGUGGUUAUCAUUAGCAUACGUGUUUAAAAAAACCGUGUACGACAGAAACAUGCCCGUUUGUGAAUUACAAAUUCCAGAAGACUUUCCAGCAGUAUUCAAAUGAAAGGAAAAAAAUGAAUAUAUUACGAUGACGGAGCCGAGCCGGCGAAAUACAAACCUUCCCCGGCGCCCACGUCACGCCGGCUCCGGGGAGGAUCCGCUCGCUCUCCUCACUGGUCCAGCUCAGCGGCAGCGCAGCCUCGGCGCACCGAACAACUCAGACUGAAAGGAGGGCACAGAGCUUUCUUGAACCCCGACAUCAAAGGCAACACAUCAGGACGAAAAGUAGGAGUCUGCCUUGAGGAAAAUGGAUAAAUGGACGGCGAUCAUUUCCCCCCGCAGAACCGGUUCCCUUGUGCCUCCUGUACUUCUUCUAACGGCAUGAUUUGGAGGAUAUACAUUUUCAGAAAUAGGUAGUUCUCAGUGACUCUUAAUUAAAACAUUCUUAAAUGCAUUUAUUUGCAUGUAAAGUGGGAAUUUCUUCGCCAUAGAUGCCCAUACGUUAUGUGAUCUUGAACCAGCGACACUAUAGACAUGGAGGUUCCCAGCAUAGACUUCUCCGAUGUGGAAAGUUUUCUUGACAAGCACCCAGAACUAUUUGAAGAUUAUCUCAAUCGCAAAGGAAGCUACAGCAUGGUGGAGAAAUGGCUCAAGAACCACCAGGCGAACAAAUCCGCCGAUCCGGAUAAAAGUAACAGCAGGAAAGAGAGCUGGGCGAGCACGAGUGACGGAUUGAAGCGGCGGGCAUCGCAGAAGGAGCUGCGGAAAACUUUUGCCAGGUCUAAGGCUAUCAACGCCAACAGGACGUAUGAUGAGCACGUCAACUCCAGGGCCCAGGAACCUCUGACCAGCAUGCGGAGAAGGGCACUGCUGAGGAAAGCCAGCUCGCUGCCCCCGACCACUGCCCACAUCCUGAGUGCACUGCUGGAGUCCCGGGUGAACAUACCCCAGUACCCAUCCACGGCUGUGGAUUUCAAAUACUAUCUCAAAGAGCACAACGAGAGGGAGUUUUUCUUGGAGCUAGUGAAAGACAUCUCCAACGAUCUGGAUUUAACGAGCCUCAGCUACAAGAUCCUGGUUUUCGUCUGUAUUAUGGUGGACGCGGACCGCUGUUCGUUGUUUUUGGUGGAAGGCACGGCCAAUAAGAAGACCUUAGUGUCCAAAUUCUUUGAUGUGCACGCAGGUACCACGGUGUUGCCCUCUCUGAGCAACUCGGACGAAGUGCAGGUGCCCUGGGGAAAGGGGAUCAUCGGGUAUGUGGCUGAGCACGGAGAGACCGUCAACAUCCCCGAUGCGUAUCAGGACCGUCGUUUCAGCGAUGAGAUCGACAAGCUGACGGGGUACAAGACGAAGUCACUGCUGUGUAUGCCCAUUCGCAACAGCGACGGCGAGAUCAUCGGAGUCGCCCAGGCCAUCAACAAGAACCCAGGAGGGGCCCCCUUCAUUGAGGAUGACGAGAAGGUACUGCAGAUGUACCUCCCUUUCUGCGGAAUCGCCAUCUCCAACGCCCAGCUCUUUGCGGCCUCCAGGAAGGAGUACGACCGGAGCAGAGCUCUCCUAGAGGUGGUGAAUGACCUGUUUGAGGAGCAGACAGACCUGGAGAAGAUUGUGCGGAAGAUCAUGCAGCGAGCCCAGACCCUGCUGAAGUGUGAGCGUUGCUCUGUGCAGCUGCUGGAGGAUAUCGAGUCCCCGGUGGUAAAAUUUACAAAAUCCUUCGAGUUGCUGUCCCCCAAAUGCAGCGCAGAUGCAGAGAGCAGUUUUAAGGACAGCCUGGAGAAAUCAUCCUACUCCGACUGGCUCAUCAACAACAGCAUCGCGGAACUUGUGGCUUCCACCGGGCUCCCCGUCAACAUCAGCGACGCCUACCAGGAUCCACGCUUCGACGCCGAGGCCGAUCAGUUCUCUGGCUUCCACAUCCGCUCAGUUCUCUGCGUGCCGAUCUGGAACAGCAACCACCAAAUCAUCGGGGUGGCCCAGGUGCUGAACAGACUGGACGGGAAGCCAUUUGACGACGCGGACCAGCGGCUCUUCGAGGCGUUCGUCAUCUUCUGUGGCCUUGGCAUCAACAACACCAUCAUGUACGACCAGGUGAAGAAAUCGUGGGCGAAGCAGUCCGUGGCGCUGGAUGUGCUGUCCUAUCACGCGACAUGUUCCAAGACGGAGGUGGACAAGUUCAAGGCGGCAAACAUCCCCCUCGUCUGCGAGCUGGGCAUCGACAAACUGUCCUUCGACGACUUCUCGCUGGACGUGGACGCCAUGGUAACGGCGGCACUGCGCAUGUUCAUGGAGCUGGGCAUGGUGCAGAAAUUCAAAAUUGACUAUGAGGUGAGAGGCCCGAGGGUCACGCCCACAAGGCUGCCUGGUCAUUGGACAGACCGAGAGCCCAUCCACACACAAGACCCCGCACCACCUAUCUGUCGAGGAUCUGAUGUUAAGUCCCGCCCACCUGCACAGAUACAUCAGGGCCCCUUAGGGACUGUGACACUGCUUAGAAGGUUCAAACAUCUAAACCAUGCUGCUCUAAGGACCUCCUCCAAGGCUCAUCCACCCACACAUUGGUCCCCCCCCCCACAAGUAUAUACACCCCCACAGAGUCAGGUCCCACCUCUAGCAGAUCCCUCUCGCUGUUUCGUGGCUACCCCCCUCCUGCCUUCGCAGACCCUGUGCAGAUGGCUUCUGACGGUGAGGAAGAACUACCGGAUGGUGCUCUACCACAACUGGAGGCAUGCCUUCAACGUGUGCCAGUGCAUGUUCUCCAUAUUGACUACGGCAGGAUUCCAAGAGACCCUGACGGAGGUGGAGAUACUGGCUCUCAUCGUUGGCUGCAUCUGCCACGACCUGGACCAUCGCGGGACCAACAAUGCCUUCCAGGCCAAAACAGGUUCGGCCUUGUCCCUGCUGUACGGCACCUCAGCCACGAUGGAACACCACCACUUCAACCAUGCCGUCAUGAUCCUGCAGAGCGAGGGUCACAACAUUUUUGCCAACCUGUCCUCCCAAGAGUAUAGUGACCUGAUGCAGCACCUGAAACAGUCUAUACUCGCCACAGACAUCACCCUGUACUUUGAGAACAGAACCAUGUUCUUCGAGCUGGUUAACAAAGGGGAGUACAACUGGAAUGUGAAGGGUCACAGAGACAUGUGCAGGUCAAUGCUAAUGACGGCCUGUGAUCUCGGGGCUGUGACCAAACCCUGGGAAAUAUCGAGAAAGGUAGCUGAGUUGGUCACCAGUGAGUUCUUUGAGCAGGGGGAUAGGGAGCGAUCUGAGCUGAAGCUCACUCCAUCUGCGAUUUUCGAUCGGAACAGGAAGGACGAACUUCCGGGACUGCAGCUGGAGUGGAUCGACGGGAUCUGUGCUCCACUCUACGAGACCCUGGUGAAGCUGAACCCCAAGAUCCAGCCAAUGGUGGACAUGAUUCAGGAGAACAGGGCCAGGUGGGAGGAGCUACAUCGCUCGCGGCAGCUCAUCCAGGAGGGCAGCCCGGGGGGCAGUGACAGGCGCUCGGCCCAAGGCAGCGGCGACCCCCCCAGUGCCAGUUCCCCCCCCAGAAAUCCCAGCUAGCUCUCACCUCUUCAGUCUUCCAGAGUACCCCCCCCCCCCCACCCCCCCACCUACCACCAUAUUUUUGCCUCUUCGCUUUUUUACCUGGAUCUACAGCCUCAAGAAACAAGCCACGCUGUGCAUGCAGGGAGUUCGUAGCUUCAGCCCCACCCCCACUCCCCGCCUUCUGUGGGUGGGCCAAGACGUGGGGCUUGAGGUGGAGUCAGGGAUGCAUAAAAAAACGCUACUUCAUGCAUAGAGACAGCUGCGUGGGGGGCGGGCAGAUGAAGCCCCUCCCUGCAUUAAUCAUCUGGUUGGAUAGCAUGGUAAAGCCCUUCCACUCAGCUAUGAGGACUUGGAGAGCGGGUGACAGGCCAGCUCCUCCCUGUACUGUGAUCUCCUUAAGAGGAGAAGUCGCUGGGAUGGAUGUGUCAGCCUGUUUCUUCCCCCCUAAACUCUUUCUUAGACCAUAUGUCGCAUAAAUAUGGCAAGGACAUUUUUUUACUGUAUGUAUGUAUUUUCUAAAGGAUGCACUGUGCAAGUGCCAUCUGCUGUCGAUUGUUUGCUUGGCUUCGUGUCAACGAGACCGGUGCAGCCCUGAGAUGACGGGGGCGGUACCGUCGGGCGCUGGGCGUAGCCUGCCUUGCGGCUCCCUGUGCCUUGUUUACUGGUCAUUAGGAGGAAUGCAUGACAUCCUCAGCAUCAGAAACUUCUUUAGAAAAAAAAGCGCCGAAAGACCCAGAAACAGUGUCGAUGUGACAUUUAGUUUUAAGCGUUAAUUUUCGUUCAUCAAAACUCUCUCACCGUCUUUGAGCAUUAGUUAACUUACCGGUUCGAACUAUUUAAAAAGUGCCAUAUGGAGGCCACCUCUAGGGGGCGCCGGUCAUUUACCUUAAACUAAUUUUGCACCAAUGAAAUAAGCUAUACCGCUUGCAGCAAUGGAAACGGCAACACACACAGGAAUGUAUUUAUUGAAACAUGUCGAUAAUUAAUUACACUUUAAUUACACGUUUCCUGCACAUCUCCUCCUGGCGGACAUGCAGAGAGAAGCGGCAGAGCAGAUGUUUAAGGGUGACAUUGAUGUUCCCCCACAGCUAGUGAUAACUCAGUUAGCACCUUAUUAUAAAGCUGAUUUAAUUUCCAGUAAAGCGGACCAGCACCAAGCUUGCUUACUGCGGUUUUAAUCAAAUGUAGGCUGCACAUGCUGUGAUGAUCUUUAGAACAAGAAAAGUAAACUGCACACACAACAAAAGAUAUACACAUCUUACUAGAAGUGGUAUUAAAUAACACACGCAUACAUUUAAUGCCAUUCGUAAAUAACAGACCAGUCCAAAUCCCAUCGUUGUCUUUGGUUAAUAUUAAAUUGUAUAUUACGACAAUAUCGUGCCAGCGGUAAUUGCCCCCUUUUUCUGACAUCUACGUCUUAACUGCAUGGACCAUGACAUGAAAUAAAAGUUAACCGCGGCAGAUACACCAGGCGUAUUAAAUGUAAGCUGAUAAUUCUGGCUUGCCGACUGUUAACUCGUCUUUGUACAUGGUUAUGUAAUUUCAUUUGUUAUUAGAAACGUUUUAUCCUUAAAUGGGCUGCAUGGAUUGUAGUAAAGCCUUUUGGGAUGAGAAUCGAGAAAGCCGGGUCCAGUUAUAUUUGUACUUUUGAUUUUUUUGAGUAUGUGACUUCUCCUUUUGCUUUAUAAUAGGCAACUUCUGGGCAGCUUUCUUAUUUAUGUACUCUAGCCAUGAUCUAAGUAUUAUCAGCGAUCAGCAAGCUGACACGAAGGGAACCUUAAACGCAUGAUAUUCGGAAAUUUGCAACGUUUUGUUAAGUUUGUCGAAAUAAAUCUCUGCUGCAAAAAUGGUUUCGUUAAGCCUUUGCACUGCAUGUAUAUACCGACCCAGACGUUACAAUAUCCGUAUAGAUAGCCGUGACACGCACGCCGCAUUCGAGACGUGAAUACUGAGGAUUGAUGGCUAGUGGGUGGAAAUCUGAGCAGGCAGAUAAUAAUCGAUUAUAGAGCUUUAGUCGAAAACAUACCCCGAGUUUAUAGGAACAGUAAACCACAGUGCAACGUAAACAAGGAAAAACAUUAUCCAUUGCAUGGUACAAAUAAUCUGGCAUUUUAUAGGAUAGUUUAGACUCCCCCCCCCAAUCU